CAUCAGCCUUAUUUUAUCCUUAGUCCUUCAACUCAAAACCGUAGCCCCUUCUUUUUAAUUCAAACAUCCUCCAGUCACUACACUCGACAAUUAAUUAUUAGCCAGUAUCUCGUAUAUUCAUUACCUUUGUAUCUACUUCUAGUCCCUCGUUACGCUCCCAUAACCGAACACAGCCGAUCCCGCCGAUUCCAUCGAUUUUAAUCCUACUAACGAGAAGAGGCGACAUUGGUGCACUGCGCACACGACAUACGAAAGCCGCACCCCAGGGCCGUCGUGACGCAUUUCCUUUUCUUCUACGAGAUACCCGGAUCCAGCAAGAUAACAACACAAUUGACCAUACGCAUAGACACUAUGGCUAGCAAACAAGCGAGUAAACGCUUGGCGCGUGAAUACAAGAGCAUAUCAGAAAACCCCCCUCCAUACAUCAGCGCUCAUCCAUCAGAGUCCAACAUCCUCGAGUGGCACUACAUCAUCACCGGUCCCGAGGAUACCCCUUACCAUAAUGGCCAGUACUGGGGUACCUUGAUCUUUCCACCCAACUACCCCUUUGCGCCUCCUGCCAUUCGAAUGCACACCCCUUCCGGUCGUUUCCAGCCCUCCACGCGGCUAUGCCUUUCGAUCUCCGACUUCCAUCCACGUUCCUUCAAUCCGGCCUGGGAAGUAUCCACGAUCCUUAUCGGUCUGCUCUCUUUCAUGACUUCGGAGGAGAUGACUACCGGCUCCGUCUCGGCUACAGCACACGAACGACGAAUAUUUGCUGCGAGGUCUAGGUGGUGGAACUCUACAGGAGGGGGCUCGCACUCCAAGAACCCUGCUCAGAAGGGAAAUGUAAAAGCAGGAGAUGGCGGUGCCAAGUUCAGGGCCGAGUGGCCCGAAUUAGACAAGGAGAAUUGGCGGUGGAUUACCGAGAGCAACAUCGACAUAGCUACGGGCGCCAGGAACGGUGGUGUCUCAUGUGGACCACAGCUGGGCAUUGCUGGUGGCAGCGGCGGCCAGACCCAAGCUGUUGUUGACGCUGUCGUUCAGCGCAGAGAUGCCGGAACGGGUUGGCUCGGCCGUAACAAGUUGUUAGUCUUCGGAGGCGUAAUAUUCAUAUACGUCCUAAUUGCCCGUAUCCUCGGCGAAGGGGAGAGCACCCCUUAAACCGCCCUAGACCCCGGCCACAUCCUCAUAUGGAGCUUCUCUGAUUUUUACACCAGAACCAGCAGUAGCAUCCCCUAUCCUGACUCUAGCUCAGAUAUAUGAGGUGGCACGGCGGUGGCAUAGACUGAUUUCAGCGAAAGAAUGGCGGUAGGGCUAUACUCAAACUGGGAGAGGAGUGAACAUCGAAUGUAAAAUGGGGUUAGCUCUCGAUGAUGUCCCAUCUGCCCCGGUGUAUCAUAGAUACCUAAUAAGCACCUUUUUUUCAGUCACCGCAAAAACACCGUAGAACAUGUUGCAAUAAGGU